UUUCUGCUUCAUUUCAUCAGUAGUCUGUGUAGCUAAGCUUCUGAAAAGAGAGCUUCUGUUCGUCCUGGAAAGUAAGGAGGAAGACUGGUAAACAAAAUAUGAGGGCAGCCAUCAAAAGAAGAUCCGAGAUAAACAAAAUCUGUGUUCUUAUCUUCAAUUUUCCUCUUUAUGGCUUUAUUACUUCCUCUUUGCACUAAUAUUUUGAUCUCUCUCUUUCUCCUUUCACGAACAGUAGAAAAUCAGACCAAUCAUACAUGCUUACAUUUGCCAUUACAUAUUCGAUAAAAUGAAUAUCCUUAUCAUGGACCCUACUUAUCAGGGAGCUUCAACAUCAGGAAAAUGAGGCUCUGUAUGACGCAGAUCCCAAGUGCUAAUAACUAUCCAGUAAUGAUCUUCAUUUACUUAGUUUUUAAGGAAGACAUAAAUUACAUCCACAUCCAAUUUGAUCUAAGUAAUUCAUAUAAGUAGCUAGCUAGCCUAGCCCUGAAAGCUUUGAGAAACUCAAUCAUGUCAGAGUUUAGGCAAGACCUGCAUCAAGAAAGGGGCUUGAAUAUAGAAGUCCUAACCCAGUUCUCUAAUAUGACAGAGAGCAUGUUAGAGGGUGGAUUGGAGAACUUAUUGGGCUACCAUUUCCAGUUACCAGAAACCACAACUCCCAGCUCACUAUCCAAUUUUCCUUGUGUUACCUUACUGAAAUGUCAGAACGAGUUUCCGAUAACUCGAACCGGUCUACUGGUAGAUAACGCUCAAGAAACCAUGAAGAGAAAAGCAAAACAAGAAUCGGAAAGCAACUCAGGAGCGCUUUGUGCAGCCAGGCCUUUGAAAAACUUGGGAGGAGGAAGGAAAAGAAGGAACUGUGAGAAAGAACAGGAAAAGCCUGCAGAAGUAGUUCAUGUUAGAGCAAAACGAGGUCAAGCUACAGAUAGUCACAGUUUAGCAGAAAGGGUGAGAAGAGAGAAAAUCAACAACAAAUUAAAAUGCUUGCAAAACCUUAUUCCAGGAUGUCACAAGUCAAUGGGUAUGGCAAUGGUGUUGGAUGAGACAAUCAAUUAUGUUCAUUCACUACAGAAUCAGGUUGAGUUUCUUUCAAUGGAGCUUGCAGCUGCAUGUUCCUCUUUAGGCAUAAAUUUUGGCACGGGAGCUAUCAGAAAAGCUUAGGGAACAAGAUCACAUGAGGAACAGGCGACAGAGAAAUAGAUGAGGAAAUGAUAAAGAGAGCACAGUUGCUUCCACUUCAGUAAGCCCUUUUGACUGCAAAUGGGGCAUUUGAUAUCUCUAGGCAAACAAGAUAGUGUUUUCUCACAAGUCUACAAAAUGUCGAAAACAAAUCUAUCAGAGAGUGAUGUAUCAAUUUUACAUCAUACUGUAAAUUGCAUAAAGCAGAACAGGGCAACCAAUUACCUAAUAUUGGCUAUGUCUGAUGUGAUUUUGUUAUCCUGUCUGCAAAUCAUGUCUACUUUUUUAGAC